AUGAACUAUACACCUUUGGAUCAAAGCGCCUUCAAUAAUCACCAAGCUGCAACUGUUCUAUGUUGCAACUGUGGUACCCCCAUGGACGGGUCCUCAGGGCUAGUUAUGUGCUAUGAUUGUAUCAAGCUAACCGUGGACAUCACCGAGGGUAUUCCCAGAGAAUCCAAUGUUUCUUUCUGUAGAAACUGCGAAAGGUUUCUACAGCCUCCAGGGCAGUGGGUGAGAGCAGAACUUGAAUCUAGGGAGCUAUUGGCACUCUGCCUGCGUCGACUGAAGGGCCUCAACAAGGUCAGGCUUGUUGAUGCAUCUUUUAUAUGGACAGAGCCCCACUCAAGACGUAUCAGAGUAAAGCUUACUGUGCAAGGUGAGGCAAUGGCCAACACUAUCAUACAGCAGACUUUUGAAGUCGAGUAUGUUGUUGUGGCCAUGCAAUGUGCUGACUGUGCUAGAUCUUAUACAACAAACACUUGGAGGGCCACGGUUCAGAUCAGACAGAAGGUUUCCCAUAAGCGUACCUUCUUGUAUCUCGAGCAGCUAAUUUUGAAGCACAAUGCUCAUGUUGACACCAUUAACAUUCAAGAGGCUAAGGAUGGGUUGGACUUUUUUUAUGCCCAGAAGAAUCACGCCGUAAAAAUGUUAGAUUUCCUCAACGCAGUCGUUCCCAUCAAGUCCAAGAAGUCCGAAGAGCUGGUCUCGCAAGAUACGCACACAGGAGCUUCUACCUACAAGUUCUCCUACUCGGUAGAAAUCGUACCGCUUUGUAGAGACGAUUUGGUCGUACUGCCCAAAAAACUCGCUAAAUCGUUGGGAAACAUUUCGCAGUUCGUUUUGUGUUCUAAGAUCUCCAACACCAUACAGUUCUUAGAUCCAAUGACUUUGCAAACUUCUGACUUGUCCCCAUCAGUUUAUUGGAGAAGUCCUUUUGAUUCGUUAGCUGAUGUUUCUCAGUUGGUGGAAUUCAUUGUACUAGAUGUUGAUCCAACAGGCCAGACCAAGGGAAAGUGGGUUCUCGCUGAUAUCACUGUUGCAAGAGCUUCUGACCUCGGUUCGAACGAUCAGGUUUAUUACGUCAGGUCACACCUUGGUGCUAUCUGCCAUCCGGGAGAUAGUGUGAUGGGAUAUUUCAUUGCCAAUUCCAACUAUAACUCAGACUUAUUUGAUGCACUAAACAUGGAGCAUGUUCCAGAUGUGGUUUUGGUCAAGAAGCAGUACAUUAGGAAGACUCGUAAGAACAGAAGCUGGAAGUUGAAGAGAAUGGCUCGGGAGCACAAAGAUAUUGAAGCCUCGCAAGAUUACAGCUCAAGACAACAAAAGCAAGAGAUGGAAAGGGCUGAGAAAGACUAUGAGCUGUUCUUGCAAGAAUUGGAAGAGGACGCGGAAAUGCGGCAAGCGGUCAAUUUGUACAAAAGCGCCCAGCAGGCUCCACAAGACGGUGAAAUGGAUGAAGAUGAAGAGGAAGAUGCUCCACAGAUUGACAUCGAUGAACUUUUGGAUGAGCUAGACGAGAUGACGCUCGAUGAAGGAGCUCCUCCGGCUUGA